UCGACGGCGUGUCUCGCGCCUUGCAGGCGUGCUGCCGACUGUGAACAUGUUCGUGCACCGGCUCAGUUCUCGCGCGGCCGGGGCCGUGAGGCUGUGGAACGGCGAGCCAGCGCGGCGAUCCACCCCUGCACCGACGCCAGAACUCAUCCUUUUCGAGUACGAGGCCUCUCCUUGGUGCCGCCGCGUCCGAGAGACACUUGGCGUGCUCGGCCUCGCGGCUCUAAUCAAACCGUGCCCUCGCGAGACGCUGCGGGCGGAGGGUGCGUUUGGAGCAACCUCGAGGCACAGGCCCGAGGCGGCUGCCGCGGCGGCGGAGGCGGGAGCAUCUAGCCGCCUCAGCUUUCCUCUGCUGGUGGACCGGACGGCGGGCGUCACGCUGAGCGACAGCGCCGCCAUCUGCGAGCACUUGUGGUCUCUGUACGGCGGCGGCGUCGAGCGGCCAACGCUGGAUCAGGCGCUCAACCCAAGGAUGCGGACACUGCUCGACUUCCCUCUCCUUGCGGCGCCUUCGGCGCUGCGCCCGUGGCCGGAGGCGGGGCUGAUGCUGGCGCCUUCUGAGCCCAACCAGCAGCCGCUCCUGCUCUACGGCUGCGAGGCGGACGCGGGCUCGAGGCUCGUCCGCGAGGCGCUCUGCUGUCUGCAGCUCGAGUACCGCUCACAGCCGCGGCCGCUGUCGGCGCCGCUGCCCGCGCUCGAGGAUCCGAACAGCGGCUUCGCUGCGUUUGGCGCCAGGCAGGCGCUCGAGCACCUCGACCGCACCCACCGCACCGGCGAGGCGCUCGGCUGGCUGGCGCCGCUGCCGUCGCCCAACCUCGGCGAGGCGCGGAUGCACCCCGUCCUCGCGCGCCUGCUCGGGCGAUGAGGAU